UUCAGUCCUUGGUGUGGAAUGGAGAACACCUCUCGGCUCCCUGAUUUCACCUUGGUCCAUGGAAAUGCCACUCUGCCGUACGAAAGUGUCCACUUUGUGGUUCUCCAGCGCAGCAUGCAUCUCCUCUCCAUCGCAAUCUAUGGCAUCGCAUGCAUCUUGGGGGUGAUUGGGAAUGGUCUUGUCCUCUGGAUCGCCGGCUUCCGCAUGAAGACACGGACAGUCAGCGCCGUGUGGCUCCUCAACCUGGCCGUGGCCGACUUUGUCUUCACUUUCUUCCUCCCUCUGAGCAUCGCCUACACCGCCCUGGGCUUCCACUGGCCCUUUGGCAAGCUUCUCUGCAAGCUCAACAGUGCGGCUGCCUUCCUUAACAUGUUUGCCAGCGUCUUCUUGCUGACCGUCAUCAGUGUGGACCGGUGCGUCUCCGUCGUCUGGCCCGUCUGGUGCCGGAACCACCGCACGCCGAGGGCGGCCUUUGGGGUUGUGGUCGCCACUUGGACCGCCGCUUUUGCCCUCAGCUCCCCGUACUUCGUCUUCCGAGACACCGCUCUCACUUCCCACAACAUCACCAGCUGCUUCAACAACUUUGCCCUCUCUGACAAUUACAACACGGCGGAGGCUCGCCGGCUCUACCAGAUGCGGCACCAGGCCAUGGUGGUCACCAGGUUCCUCCUUGGCUUUGCCUUCCCCUUUGCUGCCAUCACCAUUUGCUAUGGUGUUGUGGCCUCACGACUGAAACGGAGGCGCCUGACCAAGUCUUCCAAGCCUUUCCGGAUCAUAAUUGCCGUCACGGCCUCCUUCUUCCUCUGCUACUUCCCCUACCACGUCUUUUCCUUGCUGGAGAUGACCAAAGCGUCCGCCAGCCCCCAGCUCAAGAUGGCCCUGUACCUCGGCAUCCCAUUGGCGUCCAGCUUGGCCUUCUUCAACAGCUGCAUCAACCCCAUCCUCUACGUCUUUGUGGGGCAGAAGCGGUUCCGCCAGUCCAUCCUCGCGGCCUUUGAAGGAGCCUUCGGAGAGGACUUCAUCUUCUCCUUAUCCAGCAAGAGGAAAUCCAGGUCCAUCUCGCAGGCUGAGAUCCAGAUGACAUAA